AUGUUAAUCAAUCGCUGUUAUUAUCCUGAAACUCGUAAAGCAAUCGAUCAUUACAGUUAUGCUCUAAAUGAAGAAAUAGGAAGAGGGUUUAGUAGCAAAGUUUAUAGAGGAAGAGAUGAAAAUACUUAAAUGACAGUGGCUGUUAAAGUAUGAUAUAAAUUUGUAAGACAAGGUAAUUGAUAUGAAGAUGGUUAAACAGAGCAUUCAUGCCACUUUACUAAAGAAUGAAAUAAAUGCUCUGAAAUCAUUUAACUCAAAGAACAUACUAAAAUUGUAUGAUGUUUUCUAAACACAGAAUAAUACAUACAUCAUAACAGAGUAUUGCGAUUCUGGAGAUCUGAGCGGUGUAAUAAAAAAGAGAGGAAGAAUAGACGAGCCUGAAGCAUUGCGAAUCAUGAAUGAAAUAAUCACAGGAUUACUGGAGAUUAAUCAAAAAGGAUACAUCCACAGAGACAUUAAGCCUGCAAACAUUCUCAUAGAGAAGUAGACUCCAAAAAUAGCAGAUUUUGGUUUUGCUGUCUAAAUAAACAGUAUGGAAGUCAAACAAUAGGGGAGACAUUAUAAUGUGGGAACUCCUCUUUACAUGUCUCCAUAAGCCUUGAGAUAACAAGGCCACACCGAAAAAGGAGAUGUAUGGGCUAUGGGUGUAAUGUUUUUUGAGAUGCUAUUUGGACAAACACCAUUUACAGCCCAGACAGAAUAAGGAUUGUUAACAGCAAUUUUGCAUCAUCAUCUUGUAAUUCCUUCACACCCUUCAAUUUCAGAUGCCUCCAAAGACUUCAUCCGUAGAUGUCUUUGUAUAGAUGAGAAUCAGAGGAUGAGAGUCAAAGAUAUGGCAACUCACCCAAUUUAUUCACAAUACUCUCAACCCAUUUAUAAGCCAGUCCCUCUCUAAACACAACAGUCCUCCAACGUGCCUACACCUGCCACCAGAACACCUAUUAUCAAUAAGGAUCGAUCAUAAAGCCAGGGAAUUAGAGAUUUCUAAUCUAGACCUAAGUGUCAGGUAUUUAAGAAUAACAUAUAAGACUCAAAUUCAUAAUGAUAGUAAAGUCAGUAAGAGAUGUCCUUCAGAAAUGUAUCAUCUGCCACAUCCACCUACAACUGUUAUUGAACCUCCAACUUCUGAUCCUAUGAGAUCCAAAAGUCAAAAGCAAAUUACAGAUUCACGAAAAACCAUUACACAAGAGAAUUAGCUUGAAAAAAGAAGUUUUAAAAAAAAUAAUACUGUACUUUAAGAGUAAUCAUUUAAUCCAUUAUAAUUAGACGAUCUAUUAAUGUGCAAACCCAAGUCUCUUAAAAUACUACACCAGUUCAAUCACCUAUGAAAUUUAAGUCAAAUAAUGACAUUUUAUUUGCCCAAAUUAAUUAUUGCAGGUUUCUGUACAAAUUCUCAUAGUAAAUCAUUAAUUCAAGGUAAUUGACUUUAUCCAAUGGUUUAAAAGAGAAAUUGCUAUUCUUAAUGGCUAAGAACAUUGCCAUGAAAAUUUCUAAACUUCAUACCAUUAUCGAUAAGGAGAACUCUAAAGACAACACCUUCUAACUAGAGGAUUUCGAUAUAUACAGGAAAGCCGAAUCAUUCUAGAAAUUUAGUUAAGCAAUUGCAGAAUAUAACGAAAACUAUAAACGAUACUUCGAGAAGACUUAUUAAAUAAUAGUUAACAAAAGUAAAGCCUUGCAUAAUUGAUAUAGGUCUUCCUCAGGAUAAGAAGUUUGAAGCCUUAUUUGAUAAAGACCUUAGUGAAUUUGAAAGUUUCUACUUCAUUACUCAAUCCUAUCUAAGACAAGCCUUGCAAGAAUUGAAAAAUGAGUUUCCAACCCAGAGUUCAGAUCUAGAUGCCUUUUUACCAGAAGAAGUACUCUAUUUAUCUAUAAUUCCUAGUAUAAUUUUAGUUAUUUUGUGUGUCAGUAACUUAGCAAUUACUUACUUAUCUGUCAUUGUACUCUUUAAAACAUGAAUGAUUAUAAGAAAUUCUCAAAGAUGCUCAAAAUUGAUUAGAUGGUUGAUUAGAAAUAAAAUAGAUGCACAUACAGACAAGUGGACGAGUUACGAGGUAAAAUAUAAGAAUUGAUUUCUAAGUGAUUUUGAUUUGCAAAUUUUAUAUUACAUUUUAUAUUUAAUUAAUGAAAUAGUAAUAAGGAGUUGUUGUUGUUUAACCUAAAUAUUAUGCCACCUUCAAUCAGACUCAGCCAUCAUCUUAUUGGGAUUAUGAGAAUGCUAAAAUCGAAUAUGGGUAUAAUUUAAUUCUUAUCCAUCAGAUCANUGGCAACUCACCCAAUUUAUUCACAAUACUCUCAACCCAUUUAUAAGCCAGUCCCUCUCUAAACACAACAGUCCUCCAACGUGCCUACACCUGCCACCAGAACACCUAUUAUCAAUAAGGAUCGAUCAUAAAGCCAGGGAAUUAGAGAUUUCUAAUCUAGACCUAAGUGUCAGGUAUUUAAGAAUAACAUAUAAGACUCAAAUUCAUAAUGAUAGUAAAGUCAGUAAGAGAUGUCCUUCAGAAAUGUAUCAUCUGCCACAUCCACCUACAACUGUUAUUGAACCUCCAACUUCUGAUCCUAUGAGAUCCAAAAGUCAAAAGCAAAUUACAGAUUCACGAAAAACCAUUACACAAGAGAAUUAGCUUGAAAAAAGAAGUUUUAAAAAAAAUAAUACUGUACUUUAAGAGUAAUCAUUUAAUCCAUUAUAAUUAGACGAUCUAUUAAUGUGCAAACCCAAGUCUCUUAAAAUACUACACCAGUUCAAUCACCUAUGAAAUUUAAGUCAAAUAAUGACAUUUUAUUUGCCCAAAUUAAUUAUUGCAGGUUUCUGUACAAAUUCUCAUAGUAAAUCAUUAAUUCAAGGUAAUUGACUUUAUCCAAUGGUUUAAAAGAGAAAUUGCUAUUCUUAAUGGCUAAGAACAUUGCCAUGAAAAUUUCUAAACUUCAUACCAUUAUCGAUAAGGAGAACUCUAAAGACAACACCUUCUAACUAGAGGAUUUCGAUAUAUACAGGAAAGCCGAAUCAUUCUAGAAAUUUAGUUAAGCAAUUGCAGAAUAUAACGAAAACUAUAAACGAUACUUCGAGAAGACUUAUUAAAUAAUAGUUAACAAAAGUAAAGCCUUGCAUAAUUGAUAUAGGUCUUCCUCAGGAUAAGAAGUUUGAAGCCUUAUUUGAUAAAGACCUUAGUGAAUUUGAAAGUUUCUACUUCAUUACUCAAUCCUAUCUAAGACAAGCCUUGCAAGAAUUGAAAAAUGAGUUUCCAACCCAGAGUUCAGAUCUAGAUGCCUUUUUACCAGAAGAAGUACUCUAUUUAUCUAUAAUUCCUAGUAUAAUUUUAGUUAUUUUGUGUGUCAGUAACUUAGCAAUUACUUACUUAUCUGUCAUUGUACUCUUUAAAACAUGAAUGAUUAUAAGAAAUUCUCAAAGAUGCUCAAAAUUGAUUAGAUGGUUGAUUAGAAAUAAAAUAGAUGCACAUACAGACAAGUGGACGAGUUACGAGGUAAAAUAUAAGAAUUGAUUUCUAAGUGAUUUUGAUUUGCAAAUUUUAUAUUACAUUUUAUAUUUAAUUAAUGAAAUAGUAAUAAGGAGUUGUUGUUGUUUAACCUAAAUAUUAUGCCACCUUCAAUCAGACUCAGCCAUCAUCUUAUUGGGAUUAUGAGAAUGCUAAAAUCGAAUAUGGGUAUAAUUUAAUUCUUAUCCAUCAGACCCGAAGAGCCUUAUGAGGCACUUUGUAAAAUUGGCAGAGGCAAAUAUUCCGAAGUCUUUGAGGGAGUAGACAAUAGGAAUGGAAUGAAGGUAGUACUUAAAGUCCUCAAACCUGUUAAAAAAAGAAAAAUACGUAGAGAAAUCCGCAUUCUUUAAAUCUUAAAAGGAGGCACUAAUAUUAUUGAUCUUUAUGAUGUGGUCAGGGAUGAAAAUUUUAAAAUCCCAACUUUAGUAAAAGAAUCAAGUUAACCUAGAUCUUCCCUUAUAUGGAGAAUACAGAUUUUAGAAGCUUGUUCCCUAAAUUAACAGAUAAUGAUAUCAAGCAUUAUUUAUUUGAAUUGCUAAAAGUAAACUAAAACUUAAAAUAGGCUUUAGAUUAUGCUCAUUAAAGAGGUAUAUUUCAUAGAGAUGUGAAACCAUAAAAUAUUAUUGUUGAUCCAAAAACUAGAACCUUGAAACUUAUUGACUGGGGAUUGGCAGAAUUUUAUCAUCCCUCACAAGAUUAUAAUGUUAGAGUGGCCUCACGAUAUUUUAAAGGGCCAGAAUUAUUGGUGGACUAUUUAUAUUAUGAUUAUUCUUUGGAUAUAUGGAGUACUGGUGCAAUGUUUGCAUCUAUGGUACAUUGUUAUAGUGAAUUUUAGAUUUUUAAAAAGGAACCGUUCUUCCAAGGGAAUGAUAAUUAUGAUCAAUUAGUAAAGAUUGCUAAGGUCUUAGGAACAGAUGGGUUAAAAUAAUAUAUAAAAAAAUACAAUAUCAAAUUGGAUAAUGCAUACAAUGGACUCUUACUUAAGUAUAAAAUUUAAACUAUUUAUUUGCUAUCCGAAAUAAGAUUGGCUAUCCUUUGUUAAUCAAGAAAAUGCUCCUUUAUGUAGUUUGGAUGCCAUUGAUUUGUUGUCUAAAAUGUUACUAUAUGAUCAUGCCGAAAGAAUCACUCCAAAAGAUGCCAUGUUACAUCAAUAUUUUGCAGAAUUAAAAAAAAAUUGAAC